AUGUCGCGCGUCGUCUUCCCGCGCACCACGAUCAUGUCCUCAUCGCGCAUUGGCACGACCAACAAGCUCCCGUCCACGUCGUCACGUCGCCGCCAGUACCGCGUGUACAUUCGGAUUUUCUCCAAUCUACUGGCGGCGGCCGUCAUUCUCAUCUCGCUCUUCACAAUGGGCGUCUUGCUGUCCGAGGGCAUGUUCAAUCGGCUCGUCAUCACGUGGUAUUACCAAAAUGACGCCGACUACUGGGCCGACUAUGGCGCCUCGUGCGAACUCGCGCACGAUGGCUUUGUCAGCAAUUCAUGCUCGCCCAUGGAGGCCAACAUGACCGAGACGUUGGCGGCAUGGACAACCCUCGGUUUACACCUCGCAACAACGUGGGAAGCAAGUGGCGCCAGUCCGCUCAAGGUCACGACGUGCUUGGUGGGCGGGACACCGGACGUCGGGUGGGUCGCACUCCAGUUUAUCGGCGGCUACGACGACUUUCCGAGCUGCAACCCAAGCAAUGGGAGCCAGCUCGUCGCUGGUAUGGCGAUGGUCGAGGCCGCCAACCUGGAUACUGUCUACCCCGACGGCGCCUACCUUCUCUCGAUGUUUAGCGACGCCAGUAUGCACGACACGACAACGUACUGGAACACCGAUGGCACGAGCAACACGGUUGUCGCCAACAUCACGCGGGUGCUCGUGGGACGCGACGGGUCGAGCCAGCGCUACGACGCCGGCACCAACUCGGUUUUGAAUUCGCACCCGCUCGGACAUCGGUACCUCGUCCAAGGCUACUGCAUUUCGCAAAUGAUCAUUCUUGACGGUCUCCUAAAGGACCAAGCGGGCUGGAGCACGGGCCGGAAUCUCAAGAAAAGUGUCGUGCCUGGCUGGGCCUGCGGCCACCGCGUCGCGCACGCCACCGAGCUCCUCCUCUUGCAAGCGACGGCCGGUCUGCUUUCGAUUCUAGGUCUCGCACCCGACAUUUUCAUUACGAUCAAAGGCCUCCAAGGUGUCAUGUCUAGUAAGCCCGUGCUCACCUACGACAUUCUCUCGGGACUGGAGCGCCGCAAGACACUCCUCCUCUUCGUUGUGCUCUGCGCUGCGCCGUCUCUGCUCUUUGUCGACGUCGCGCGCAUCUACUUUGGCACGACCAAUGGGCUUCGUAUCUGGACCUUCUCGAUCAUUUCGCUGGGCAUUUUUUUGCCGUUUUUGUAUACGGUGAUACCUGCGACGACGUGGACGACGAUCGACUCGUACGAAGUGUUGAGCAACCUUUUCUACGCGGGGUCACCGACGAUCUUGAUGACAAUCAACGAGACAGCGUACCCGUGUGGCGCGUACGACGCAGCGGGCAUCGAGACGGCCGGGAGCUUCUUGACACCGUUGCUUCUCGUCCCGCUCUGCAUUUGCGGGGGCUGCAGCGUGCUCUUUGGCAUGUGCGAGCUUCGCUGCGCUGCGAAGCGCUGGAUCAUUGACGCCAACUGGACGACCGAGAAUGCGUUCAUGACGGCUUGCGGUGUACCCAACUGGUUCACGUGUCUCCCGCUCGACAAGAACGAAGCCAUCAAGAUUGGCAACCGCCUCUUCUGCAAGCCGAGCAUGCAAGCGCGCAUGGGCUACGCCAACGUGACCGUGCAGCCCAUGGCGAACGCAAUCCACGUCCGCCCUGCCCACGCAGCGGAAGAGAAGACGUACUUUCUCGUUAGUAUUUACGACCUGCUCGUAGCCAUCACGCCCCGACGCCUCCGCCUCUUUGCCCCAAAGCUGGCGGGUGCGAUUACCAAGAGCAUCUUUCAGAAACCGACCACGACGCGGCUCGACGGCAGCCAGACCUACGAACACAGCCGCGGGUCGUGCGUUGGCUAA